AUGUUUAGCACUCUUGACAUUUAUCGUGGAGAGGCAGAACAAGACACGGACCAAGGCCGGGUCGCACGCAAAGGGUCUUCUACCAAAAAGCCCACAUUUACUUUUUGCAGAGCGCCUAGCCCGACCAUGCCAUCAUUCAGCCGGUGCAAAGCAUCUUCAGCUGUCGAUCUCACCACUCUGAAGGCUGCUCAACAAGCUAGUCAGAGUACACUAGACAAUCUCCCUAGCCGCAUUCUCAGUCCUCUUCCACCGACUCCCACUAGUGAAUCCGCGUCAUGCAGUCAAGACCUUACUGCACCCUUGGUAUUAGAUCUUCAGACUUUUCAGAGCUAUCUUUUGCUGGAGGAGUUUCGCACAGCUUUUCGCGAAUGGCUUGCACUGGAUCCGGAGCUACAUAAGGAAGGGUUAAUGAAGCUGGAUUGCUACGUCGAUCAACGAAAAGCUGAGGCGCUCGUGAAAGACGCAAGGUCAAGUUUCCUGCCUGGUUCUGUUGUGGAAGAUACGUUAACCAAUCUGUCAAGAUUGGCCGUUUUAGAAAGCGGAUUGGAAGCCAAUCAAGCAUGUCUAGUCUCGUCUCUUCAUGAGAAUGAAUUCCAUAUGUUCAUAAAAUCAAAGUUGUUCGCGAAAGUGAAAAACCGACGGAAAGGACACACAGAAUCCAGUACAUCAAAUGAGAUCAACCGCCCAAGUUUCUGCGUGACCAAUCCCCGGGUACCUAAUAAUCCGAUCGUCAUGGUCUCUACGGAGUUAUUACAACUAACUGGAUAUGAAGCCAACGAGGUCAUUGGAAAGCCUUGCAGCAUGUUCAACGGAAGGGAAACUAGUGCUAGCUCCAUUUAUCGGAUGGACACUGCUUUUGAUGCAGGUGGAUCUUGCGUAGAACUUUUGCUGACCUACAGGAAAGACGGACGUGCUUCAUUUUGUAUUUGGGCAAUUGAGCCUUUGCAUGACUCGUUUGGACAAGUAAUGUUCUUUGUAGCUCGGCAAACGGAUGUCACCAGUGAACUCGAAGUUCCGCUGUCGAGCUUCUUGGAUCUCAAGAUACCCCGAACCACUGCCGCAGAUUUGAAAGAAAAUGAUAUACCGUGUUCCCCAAGGAUGCAAGACUAUCAACUCCAACAGCGCAAUCUUACCCCAAGCCAAUUGAAACACUUAACAAAACCUCCUCGGAAUGGCUCUCUUCAUGGAAGCCUUUACCAUAACUCGAGCCGAGCAGCAAGCGUACGGUCGCUUUAUCCGCAAUCGAUCGGAUAUCACAAGAAGGACCUUUGUAACAAUGCCAGAGGUGUGGCCAAAGGCGUACUGCGCAAACGUCAGAGUGGCAUGCACGCGUUUGAUCAGGUCUACAGCCCACCCAAUGGCCUUGAGCAUACUUUUCAACCAGCCUAUGAUUUCGAGCCAAGCCCCACAAGUCCAGAGUUGCGGAUCAGUGGUACGCCUUGCCACCACUUAAUGAUCAUCAAGCGCCGAGACCAUCGAAUCAUGUACGCAAACGAGAAGACAUUGAAGUUCUUCGGUCAGUACCAUGUACAUCUCCGAGAUCAAUUUUCAAGCAAAAGUCGUCUAAAAAUCCUUCGAUCGAAUCUUACAGGUCUUCAGACAUAUUCUAACAAUGGAAGCUAUGAACCAGCUCUUCUUAAACAAGAUGUUCUUGAGUUCAUGCAUGGACAAACACCAAAAAGCACUCGAGUAUUGAGGAACUUUGCGAUUGAGCUUUUGGCGCGCGCUCGGUCUGGCUGUUGCGAAUGUGAAUUCAACUGGAACGACGAUAACAACCUCGUUCCAAGUGAAAAACCUGGCAAAAGCCGCGUGAGCUUGACUGGAGAACUAUCUACAGUGCACGUGAGUAAUAGUCUAGCCAUUCGUCUAGUAAUUUGGGCUAAAUGA